AUGGCGCAGGCAGGCCAGCUCCCCCAGCCUGGCACCACCCCUGGCCGCGUGUUCAAGCUGGUCCUGCUGGGAAGCGGCUCCGUGGGCAAGUCCAGCCUGGCGCUGCGGUACGUGAAGGGUGACUUCAAGAGCAUGCUGCCCACCAUGGGAUGUAAUGGAGUCCUUCCUCAAGCACAGCAGUGGCUUGAGGUGGGGAAGGAGCUGGAGCCUGGAAAGGUCAUGGUGGCGCUGGUGGGCAACAAGGUGGACCUUGAGGAGAAUCGAGAGGUGACAUUCCAGGAAGGGAAGCAGUUUGCUGAGAGCAGAAGAUUGCUGUUCAUGGAUACCUCAGCCAAGCUGAACCACCAUGUGUCGGAGGUCUUCAGUGCUGUUGCCCGGGAACUGCUGCAGAGAGAUGUUGACGGUCAGAGUCCCAGCCCUGGAAGUCACAAGGCUGGCCACUGGGAAGACUAA